AUGGUCGCCCAGUUGUGGGGUAACGCACGGGUCAGGACGCUGUCUGGAGCGUCACGUUCAGUCCCGGUCUCCCUGCUACAGGAAGGACGUUGUGGAAGGGUUCAGAUAAAGAUUUACGAGGACGUCCACCGUACCCAGGCCCUGGAGGACCCCCUCACCAACUCCCGCAAGGGGCGGAUCCCGCCUACCCCCUGCCUCCAUGCCCCCAGGGUCAGCAACCGCCGUUCCCCGGCCCCCACCCCACUCCGUACCCGGGGCCCCCGCAGGGACCCCACCCGGGGCCCUACCCGGGACCCCCCGGAGGGUUUGGACCUGGGAACCCCGCCUUCCCACCCCCUCCGCACUGCCCGCCUGGCCAAGCUGGACCCGGCCAAUACCCUUACCCCCCGGGCACGGGCCCUUACCCACCUGGACACGCGUGCUACCCCCAUCACAAGCACAAGAAGGGCAAGAAGGAGAAAAAGAAGGGCCACAAACAUGGAAAACAUGGAAAGGUUUGCGAACAGGAUCUUUGCCCCGGUGUGGAAUCGGGACAAUAUCGCGUCUGUCGUUCUCACAUUCAAGGAGCCGUUUGGAACUGAAGGCCGAGGGGGAUACUUCGAUGAAUUUGGGAUCAUCAGGGAUGUCAUGCAGAACCACAUGAUGCAGAUGUUGUGUCUUGUCGCCAUGGAGAAACCAGCAUCGACCAACUCCGACGAUGUCCGUGAUGAGAAGGUGUGGGAUCUUGCUGCGUCGUGUUGCUUCCAUCUCGCUGAUGCGGUGGAGCCUAUGGGGAACGGGGGAGGGAAUCGGCGGUGGGUUUGGGUGGAGGGGGGAGAGAGGAAGGAGGUGAACAGCGUGUGCUGACGCUAUCCCCCACCAUCUCCCCCACCCCCCGUGCCAGGAGUGCCGUUCGUGAUGCGGUGCGGGAAGGCGCUGAACGAGCGCAAGGCGGAGGUGCGCUUGCAGUUCCGCGACGUCCCCGGUGACAUCUUCCAGAGCCAGUGCAAACGCAACGAGCUGGUGAUUCGUGUGCAACCCAACGAGGCCAUCUACACCAAGAUGAUGACCAAGAAACCGGGAAUGUCCUUCCAUCCCGAGGAGGCCGAGCUGGACCUCACCUACGGGAGCCGCUACAAG